AUGGAUUAAAAAUCAAAUGAAAUGGAAAUGGCUAUGGUGCAUCUUGCCAAACCAGAAAUCAAUGACUAAACUGAAGAAUACAAAGUAUACAAAAGAAGAUAUAUAAUGGCAUCAUUUUUUGCAUUCUCCACUGUAUUUCAAUCUCUAAAUUUCAAGAUCUGUUCAUCAAUGAUGUUUUCAACUUGCAAUCCAAUCGCAUCAGUUCUGUCAGCCAUUUACGAAAUACCAACCUUCAUCAUCUCAUUAGCAGCCAAUGGAUUUCUACUAAUGCAUCCUCUCCUGACUUUUAAACAUUUAUUGUCAAUCAAACAGAUAUUUCAGUAAGUCUCAAAAUUGGAUGUUCUUUAACAUUGCUAGGCGCAUUGGUUAGAACUGCUACCGUUAUCACAGAGAGGUUGCAUACUUUCACUAAAAUAUAGAUUUUAUACUGUUAUUUUGGGGUCUCUUGUCGCUGGUAUGGGAAGACCCUUCAUUAUCAAUAUUCAGGCCAACGUUGCCAAAGAAUGGUUCAAACCAGAAGAUAAAACUACUGUUAUGAUUGCGUUCUCAUUCAUUAUAACUUGUUCAAGUGUAUUUGGUGUUAUAAUACCUGGCCAAAUAUUCAAAGGCUAUAACUAUGAAACAGAUCCGGAUGAUGGCAAAUUGUUAACUGGUUAAUUGAUGGUGAUUGAAUUAGAAAUCUUUAGUGCUAUUUUAAUUCCUGCCAUUCUUUUCUUCAGACCUAGUCCUCCCACUCCACCUGGUCCCAUCAAUAAAUCUAGAGAUGAAUUUACUUAUCUCUAGUCUUUGAAAAUGACAGCAAAUAAUAAAAAUUUUGUAACUUUUAAAUUUAUCAACCUUAUUAGAUCCUACUAUUCGUCUGUUACAGUCUAUUGA